AUGUUAAAAUUUGCAGAACGAUAUGUUCAAGGCAACCCUUCCGUCUUUGCCAACGCAGAAACGGCGUAUGUCCUUUCUUAUUCUGUCAUUUUGCUCAACACCGAUUUGCAUUCGCUUCAAAUUAAGAAUAGGAUGACGGUGGAAAGUUUCAUCAAGAACAAUUCGGGAAUUGACAAUGAUCAGGAUUUACCAAGAGAGUUUUUGGAAGAUAUCUACCGUGAAGUGCAAGAGAAUGAGAUUGUGCUUGUGUCGGAGCAAUAUGCUGCGUUGCUUGCUGGUGAUAUUCAAGUACAACAUUCUGGAGGAUUGGGGCUCUUCGGUGGCAGAGAUUUGAACAAAGAAGCCUACUCACAUGCCUCUAAGGAGAUGGCUACCAAGACUGAAAAACUAGUCAGGGAUUUGGGAAAGAAGCUGAAAGCUGAAGUUUCAAAGGGCGUAUUUUAUGCUGCAUCCAAUGUCUAUCAUGUAAAGUCCAUUUUUGACACCAUAUGGAUGUCAAUUUUGGCAGGAUUGACGCAAAUAUUCAAAGAGUACGACGACAGUGAAAUCUCACGAGUUUGCCUCGAAGGAAUCAGACUUUCAAUCAAAAUCAGUUGCAUGUUUGAUCUCGAUUAUGCUCGGAAAUCGUUUCUUGGUGCUCUAGUUCAAUUUGAGAAUUUACACAGCUACGAAGAGAUGAAAGAAAAGAAUGUGGACGCAAUUUACAUGAUGUUGGAUUUGGCGGUAAGCGAAGGAAACUACAUGAAGUCAGCAUGGAUGCAAGUGUUGACUUCUGUAUCUCAACUCGAGAGGUUACAGUUGAUUGCACAAGGAAUUGAUCAGAACUCGAUCCCUGAUGUGUCCACUGCCAAAAUGGUCAACAGAACUUCGACUGAGAGUAAUCAGUCAGCAGCAACAAGCUUUUUCAGUCUGUUUACCUCACAUCCUACUGCAUCACAGACUGCUUCCAACAAGUUUCAUAACCAAAGGCUCACCCCACAUAUAUCUCAACUCCUUACAAAGACAGAACUCGAGGUUGCAGUUGACAAGGUUUUCACAAAUAGUUCCAAUCUAAGUGGAGAAGCUAUUGCUGAAUUCGUCAAAGCAUUAUCUGACGUAUCUUCUGAGGAAAUUGACUCUUCUGGUCAAAGCAGUAACCCAAGAAUGUUUUCGUUACAAAAGAUAGUUGAUAUCUGUUACUAUAACAUGGGUCGUAUUCGUCUUGAAUGGUCGCAACUUUGGGCUAUCAUUGGAGAGAUUUUCAACCGGGUUGGUUGUCAUAGUAAUCCGGCUAUUGUUUUCUUCGCUUUGGAUUCUUUGAGGCAGUUGUCGAUGAGAUUCUUUGAGAUUGAAGAAUUGUCGCAUUUCAAGUUUCAAAAAGAAUUUUUGAAACCCUUUGAACAUAUCGUUCGUCACAAUGAGUCUUUGGAAGUCAAGGAUAUGGUAUUGGAGUGUAUCAACAAUAUGAUCCUUGCAAGAUCAACUAAAAUCAAAUCUGGAUGGAAGACAAUUUUUGGUACCUUGAGUGUCACUGCUAAAGAGAACAAAGAAACUUUGGUUAAUAAGAGCUUCAAAAUGGCCAAUUGGAUCAAUAAAGAAUACAUUGAUACUGUUCGUCAGCAGGAGUCUUUUGCUGAUUUGGUAGUUUGUUUCACCGAGUUGGCCAAGAAUGAAAGGUUUCAACGCAUCAGUUUGCUCUCUUUAGAUGUUUUGCGAAAGUUGAUAAAAGAAAUUCCUGGUUACACUAAUACGGAUGCUAAUGAUGUGAUUUCAGAUAAGAAUGACAAUCUCGUGAAAUUGUGGUUCCCAAUUCUUUUUGGCUUUUAUGAUAUAACCAUGACUGGUGAGGAGUUGGAAGUCCGGUCUCGAGCACUAAACGCUUUGUUUGAUAUCUUGCUCGAAUAUGGUGAGCAUUUUGAGAACAAUUUCUGGGACCUUGUCUGUCGUCAACUUUUGUUCCCAAUAUUUGGUGUAUUGAGCAACCAUUGGGAGUUGAACAAUAUCGACGACAACGAUAAAUUGUCGGUUUGGCUUUCAACUACAUUAAUCCAAGCAUUGCGCAAUAUGGUCACAGUGUUCACCCACUAUUUUGACGCAUUAAAUCGCAUGUUGGAUGAGUAUUUGAACUUAUUCAUCUCCUGUAUCUGUCAAGAAAAUGAUACCAUUGCCAGGAUUGGAAGAUCGUGCUUACAUUCGUUGUUAAUCGAAAAUGCAUCGAAGUUUGAUCAAGAUCAAUGGAAUUUGGUAACCAAAGCAAUUCAUGAUUUAUACGACUUGACCACGGCGAAAGAAUUAUUCACUGCUGAUCCAAUGCAUUCAGUCAAGGAGCACCCUUCAAUUGACGAUAAGGCAUAUUCCUAUAUGGCAGACGAGGUGGAGACCGAUGAUACAGAAUCAUUAAAGCCUGCUCCUGAAAACCAUAUCAAUGACACUGAAGCCAGGCUCCAACGUUCGCGCGAUAAGUCUUCGAUUGUGGUCAAGUGUGUGCUUCAAUUAUUGAUGAUCGAGACAUUGUCAGAGCUUUUCAAAAACGACGAUUUCUACGAGGCAGUUCCAUAUACCAAUUUGCUUCAAAUGGCUGGGUAUUUGAGGUUCAGCUACGACUUUGCUAAAAGGUUUAACGAUGACUACGAGUUGCGGGUGCGUAUAUGGAAUGCCGGAGUUAUCGAAAGACUCCCCAAUUUACUCAAACAAGAAUCGUCGUCAGCGGCAGUUUUCAUUAAUAUCAUGUUGCAAAUGUACUGCGACGAUGACAAAACAGACAAUGCUGCUAAAGCUAUAAUAAUGAAGCAAAUCAUUCCGUUAUGCAACAACAUCAUUGACCGUUUCACCGAGUUUGAUGAAACCAACCAACAGCGCAACAUCACCACCUGGAAGCCAGUAAUUAUUGAGAUUUAUCAAGGCUACAUUGAAUUGGAUGAAGAAGACUUUGUCAAGUAUUCUCCCGAGAUGUACCAGCUAACACUACAAUUAUUUACCAAAAGCAUAUCGACAGAUCUUCGAGGAGCAAUUCGAACAUUUCUCACAAGAAUUGGCGAUACAUUCGUUAAGACGAGCUAA